UUUUAGUAACGUAUCCAAGACGUAUCAUAUCCUAAAUUUCAAAAAACUGUCAUAUCUCGAUAUCCAUAUUGUAUCUUACCCAUGUCGUACUAAGUAUAUGGCCUUCAUAGGCUGACAGCAAUAAGUUCACAAAAGAGUUCAAUGAUUUCUUAAGCAGCCAUCAUGUUCUCCUCUAUGAUAAUAUGCUCUACCUGCACAGAAGACCACAUGAAGAACAUAACUACCAAAGAAAAAAGUACCGAAAUGAUUUUCUUGCUGUCCAGAACCAUUGGCUUAAAAUUCUCAAACAGAAAAAAAAAUUCAAGAUUAAACAUCAUAUGCAAAUCAGUUUUAACCUAAUUCGAGCCGUGGCUUCUUGGCCAGUCUGAAGUAGCUUGGCAAUAUCACGCCGCAUAUUCUUCAGCUGAAUCUCUUUUCUGUUUCUUAGCAGCUCUAUACGGGGAAUUGUCAGUUUCAGCAGUACAAGUUACUUAUAGAUAAAUGAAAUGUCAAAGAACUAACAACAACAAUAAUUAAAAAAAGAAACACCAAAAUAGAACACUUGUCCAGAUGACCUAUUGCAAUAAACAUAAUCCUUUAGAUCAAACUGAAAUACAGCCCUCAGAAUUCAUGUAUGAACAAUUAAACCAUAAGUAGAAAAAAAACCCAAUUACUGAGUAAAUAAAGAUAAGAAAUAAUUCAGGAUAAACUAUCUGUAAUAGUUCAACAAGACUAAUUGAUGCACAGUACAUAACUCCUUGAGGGGGAGCGCUGAAGUUCAGCUAUUAAAUUCAUUUUCAAAGUAUACAAAAUAUACAAUUGCAAGAAAAUAAAUAAUAAAACCCCAGAUUAUAUACAAAAUCAAAUAAAUAAAUAAACAGUACCACCUGAAAGCCUUAAAAGUUGAAACCCUUGUGAAGAAGGAAUCAAACAUGGCCAUGGUGCGGGUUUCGAUCAGAACCAAACCCUAAUCACAGAAAAAUAAAACCCAGAUACUAAAUAUCGAGGAUUGCUGUGACAUUUACGAUAUCGAAGACGAUUUUGGAAAUUUCAGGUUUCGAUUUUUUUUUAACUUGAGACAGAGUAACUCCUGGAAGAGUGUGAUGGUGAGGGACUAUCCACACUAAGGCACUCAAGACAUGCCAGACUCAUUGUGACUCUUGCAAUCUUCAGCAACAAGUUGUGUCAGAAAUAAGAUCUGAUUGAAACAAAAGACACAAUUGCAAUUUUUACUGUGCAUUGAUUCUCACAUUAGACUGAAUCUGUGGUGCCUAGAGAGUGGGAUGUAGCUUGUAAAAGUAUGGGAAGAAAGAAUAUCAUAGUUAACAAAAUUUUGAAUCAUCUAUCUUGAAAGAUUUGAUCAACUUUCACACUUCUUCUCAAAAGAAUGCACUGUGUGAGUAAGAAAUAUUUGAUCUUCUCAGCAUGUUUCUAACACCUUAGAAAAACAAUGAAGCAUCAAAUGUGGUGAUUAUCAACCUCAGAAUGAUUUUCCCUUGCAGAAUCACAUAUUUGAUUAUGUCAAAGGGCACACUUGGGGCCCUCAUGAUCUGGAACUGUUUACAAAAUAAAAAACCGAAAAUACCCUCGUUAAAUGAGGGGUUUAGGGUUUUUUUUUGUCCUUUCAUUCGAAUUAUAUAGGUCUUGUUUCUUGACCCAAUGAGUGAAGCAUUUUAUCUUUUGCUCUAAGCCGCAAUUUUCCCUUCUCCCCCUCUUUCUCAGACGAUCUGCUUCUUCUCCGGUAAUAGUGUAGUUUCACUUUUCCAAUGGUACUAGAACCUAAAAAUUUGUUUUAUUUUUUAUUUUUUCAUUUAUUAGAAGUCCCAUGUCAUCUUUAUAUAGACAACAAUUUCCAUGUGAAAGUGUGUGCUUGUUACUGCAGGUUUCGGUCAUGGUGCACGAAAAUGGCAAGAGGGGGAAGCCAAACAUUCUGGUGACUGGGACGCCAGGGACUGGGAAGACAACUGUGUGCACUGCUCUAGCAGAAGCAACCCAGCUCCGCCACAUCAAUGUUGGAGAAUUAGUCAAAGAAAAGAACUUGCAUGAUGGCUGGGAUGAUGAGCUUGAUUGUUAUGUUAUUAAUGAAGACUUGGUCUGCGAUGAACUUGAGAAUGUUAUGGAAGAGGGGGGAAACAUUGUGGACUACCAUGGCUGUGAUUUCUUUCCUGAGCGAUGGUUUGAUUGUGUGGUUGUACUUCAAACUGAUAACACCAUUUUAUAUGACCGUUUGAGUAGAAGAGGGUACAAUGAUUCAAAGCUUUCGAACAAUAUUGAAUGUGAAAUUUUCCAAGUUCUGCUUGAGGAGGCUAAAGAAAGUUACUCGGAGGACAAAGUAAUUGCAAUGAAGAGUGAUAAUAUUGAUGACAUUAGUAGAAACAUUGCAACUCUGACAGAUUGGGUCAGAAAUUGGCCUUUACCCUCAUAAUCUUGACAAAAAAAUAGGGUAUUUUGUAUAUACCAUAUUCUAAGAGAAUGAUGAAAGUGUUUCUAAGAUCAACAGCUAAACUCUAAAGACAAAUUUUGGUUUGGACCAUGUGGCUUGUACUUUGGGAUAUUUAUGUUAUGAGUUUUAAAUAUGUCAUUUAAAAGGGCAUUUAACUUUUA